UCUGUAACCUUACUCAUGUUAUUAUUAUUUCCCUUGUUUCCUCACAAACCUUCAACACCUUUCAGUUUGAUAGUUGAUGACGUGGACGCCAGAAGCUGUCAAGAUGAUAGCGAGUCACAAGACGCUCUGCAUAAACUGCUGACAGACUCCUCGCUCGACUACAGGCCGUUCAGCAAAGAACAGAGUGAUGCCAGGAUAAAACAAAUCAAGGUAGAAGCCGAGAGCCGCAAAAACGAAUUCGCCCGUCUGCUGGAGGAACACGCUCAGGUCAUCAGACGACUGAAGCAGAUCGAGGAAGAUGGGGGGGCCAUCGGGGGGACCAACGCAUGAGGGCCGCCUCCCCCCUCCCCCUGCCACAACUCUAUUAUUAUCAAAAGUCUGAAGAAGGGUUGAACCAUUGGUGUGAACUGUAGAUGAGAAUGAUGAAAGUGUAGCUGUUUUGUAUCAAUGGGGUGACUGACUGACUGUGUGCCUGAACGGUGAUCGAGUGUUAAUCGGUGAUCAGUCACCACUAAUCAGUGAUUAGACCAUCUUUGAUCAGUGGUUACUAGCAUGAGAUGAUCAGUGUUAAGUAUGUCAUCUGUUCCAUCAUUGAUUUUUGUCAGUAGCCUAAUCAGUGAAUAAUUUCUAUACCUAGUUGAAUUAUCUUUUGAGUUGAAUUAUCUAGUUGAGUUUCUAGGUGAUCACUGAUAAGCUCAUCAUCUAGAUCACGGAAUAAUCGAUGAUAAGUGACCAAAAGUCGCCACUGAAAUGAACCUUGAUUGGUAAUCAUUAGUGACCACUGAACUAAUUUUUGAAACAAUAUUGACUGUUCAGAGAUCAGUCUAUUAUUUCCAUAACUGAGUGAUAUGUGUGUAGUCCAUGAAUGAGCAUCGUCAUAAUUGAGUUAUCACUGAUAAGUUUUGACUGUUUUCUCAAUUUUACCAUCAGUGAUCACUGAUAACUCUAUAAUUUCUCUCAUUUUGAAGUGAUUUUUGCAUAAAUGAUUUCUGAUCAGCUUAUCGUUUCAUAUAUCAAUUGAGGUAGGUAGUAAUGAGAUCAGUAACCAGCAAUCAGUAAUCAGAGAUAAGAAAGAUUAGCUGCUGGCAGUUCCAUAGAUUUUCCAAGCGUCCACAACAUGAUGCUUAUGGCUUUAUCAAAUAUCAAAGAUUGAAAGAUGAGUGGAUUUGGAGUUUCCAAUUUGAUUUCAACUUUUAAGUUCGUUACUGGAAUGCUGAAUUAGAUGUUAACCAAAGAAGUCUUUCUGGAUACGAAUCUUAUUGGAGAAAUAGGAUUCGUUUCAGAUUGAAAUUAACUUCCACACCGAUUUAAAAAAAAAUGUUUAUCAAAUAUGAUGAUAUUGUAUUUUUGUUGUUAUAGCAUUAUCUGAAGUCUUCAAUAAGUAAUUUGAAAGAAUAAUAAAUUCCAUUU